AUGUCACCCACUGGUUAUUUCAUAUCACAAGUCAAAUAUGCAUCUGAGAUUCUACAGCGUGCAGGGCUAUCUGACAAUAAGGUAACUGACACACCUCUUGAAUUGAAUGUAAAAUACAGUCCUACAAAUGGGACUCUAUUGUCUAAUCCAACACUGUAUCGUCAACUAGUAGGGAGUCUAAAUUACUUGACCAUUACGAGACCAUACAUAAGUCAUGCAGUUCACAUAGUCAGUCAGUUUAUGUCUGCUCCAAGAUCUAAUCAUUAUGCAACUGUUCUCAGAAUUCUAAGAUAUAUCAAGGGGUCUCUUCAUCAAGGUCUGUGUUUCUCAUCAAAGUCUGAUCUCACUCUUCAAGCUUACUCAGAUUCCGAUAGGGCUGGGGAUAUUACAGAUAUAAAAUCUAUUACAUGCUAUUGUGUGUUCUUGGGAGACUCGUUGAUUUCAUGGAGAAGUAAAAAACAAAGUGUGGUUUCUCGUUCAAGUGCUGAAGCAGAGUAUAGAGCACUUGCUCACACCACAUCUGAACUCAUUUGGUUAUGGUGGCUACUUCGUAAUAUGGGAGUUCUAAUUUCUGCUCCUACACCACUGUAUUGUGAUAAAAAGGAUGCUAUUCAAAUUACACACAAUGAUGUCUUUCAUGAGAGUACAAAACAUAUAGAGAUAGAUUGUCAUUUUACUCGUCAUCAUUUCAAGAAAGGAAAGGAAGCAGACAAGGCAACUGCAACUGCAACCAGUACUAGUGUAGUAGGGAAGGAUGCCGAUAUAGAUGAUAUUGGAGAAGCAAGACCGUCAUUUAUAGAUGACGAUGAUAUGAUGAGAAAAUACAAGAUUGGAAAAAUGUUUUUCAACAACACAUCAAGAACUCCACCUUUAGAUUUCCCUUACAUUAUCAUGAAUCCAGAUGAAUCCGUGGAAAAUUUUGUUCUUGAACGUGACAAAUGA